UUUAAGUCAUAGAUCAUGCGUAGCGUUAUAUAUAUCAGGACAUGCUGGUUAUUAUACGUACCCAGAGUACCUGGCUUUUGAGAUAGACUACCGUAUAAAUCUUGCCUAAGCUAGCUAGCUAGGAGCUAGAAAUGACAUACAACCCUAGGUCUUUCGAAGCUGUUCCACAUCUGCAAUUUGAUAAGCUGAUUCAAAAACUGAGGGAAAAUCCUGAGCAGAAUUGGACCAAAGUUUCUAUGGUAAACACUCUCCUACGGUUCAAGUCUAAAGUGGAGGGAACAAUUACCGUUGACAGCUGGCCUGAUUUCAGUGCUAUCUUAUCCCAUCAACACUCGGAAAUGGGAUCUUUUAAAUGCUGUGUGCUUGAGAGAAAAGAAGAUCAUGUUCAAAUGGUCAUUCAAGAGAUAGCAAAAAAGAAGUGCAAGUACAUAAUGGUUGAUGAAUGGCUCGGAAAAGAUGUACAGGCAGCACUACAGUCUAAUGACAUGGCAAAAGGUCCUAUCAUCAAUACUUAUAUUGCCUUCUACCUCCCAAAAAGCUGUGAUUUCAUCGUUAAACCAAUGACCUGCCCAGAAGGAUAUGUUUUGAGAAGCCUGGAAGAGUGUCAUAUGGAAGAGGUUACAGUGGAUUGGAGUUAUAUGGAUCGUGACAAAAAGAUAUCCGUAUUCACCAAGAUAGUCAAGCAACAUCACAGUGUUGGUAUCUUCCCAAUAUGCUCUGGGAAAAUAGACAAAUCUCCGGUUGGAUGGUGUAUGCAAUAUCCAUCAGGAUUCUUUGGUCACUUGUUUGUUAAUGAGGAGCAUCGAAGAAAGGGACUUGCUAAGGUUUUGAUACAACACAUAUGCUGUUUAAUUGAAGAAGAUGGAGAGGUUCCUUUAGCAUUUGUUGAAAAAGACAAUAUAAAAUCACUUUCCCUUUUUCGAAGCCUUAGUUUUGUUCAGUCAGAUUUCCAAGCUGCGACUCUUACACGCUUUUGUUAGUCAGCUGUUUUGCAUGCAGUGUCUGUAUAUUUUUUGGCCUGUACAUUCCUAGUGUAUUAUUAUAGGUGUAUUCUUUCAAAUGUAAAUAAAUUGCUAGAAUAUUGA